AUGUGUGAGUGUCUGCGUGGGAUAUUCAGAGUCACCUGGACACCCUCUUCCAAUGCAGACUCUGACAGAGAAUUGGAAGAAAGUCAUGUAUUUACCCAGGCCAGAGAACCAGCCGUGAAAGACAAAAGGCAGUCUCCCCCUUCGGACAGGCCUCCCACCGCCCCCCACGCCAACCCUCACCACAGUGCCUCCCCAGAGGACCAGGAGAGCCCAGAGAGAGUGGUUCAGAAAGAGAAACUGCAUGCAGAGCUGAAACAGGUGCUGAGUCUGAAGAGAAGCCACCUGAAAGAGUCGUCUCGUUUGGCCCAAGCAGAGAUGGAUUCCUCAACAGAGGUCCAAGCAGUGGAGGAGACUGCAUCUGAGGUGGUGGAGGUUGUGAUGGAGACAGAGGCUGAGGCCGGAGCCAGUGGCUACAGUGUCACAGGUGGAGGGGAGCGAGGCAUCUUCAUUAAGGAUGUCCUUAAAGACUCCACUGCAGCAAAGCAUCUUAGCCUCCAGCAAGGAGAUCAGUUGCUCAGUGCAAGAGUCUACUUUGACAAUGUGAAGUAUGAGGAUGCCCUGAAGAUCUUGCAGUGUGCGGAGCCUUAUAAAGUCUCCUUUUUCCUGAAGAGGACCAUCGCCGGUGCUGAUGUCACCAUGCACCCUGGCGCCACUAGCUUGGAACUGAAAGGACCCAAAACCAAGAUGCAGAAAAUGAGUGUCAAGAGCAUCAAACUUUUCAAAGCGAAGAAAAAGAGGGGAGGACGUUUUGGAUUGAAAAGGCUGAAGGAAAACAAGAAAGGGAGCACUGGAGCAGAGUUGGAGAUGGAGGGAUCACCUUCCAAGGUGGAGCUCAACCCCAUUGACGUGGAGUUUGCCUUCCCCAAGUUCAAGCUGAGGAAGGAUGGGAAGGCAGAGGGAACUGAGCAGCAUGGAGGAGUAGUCGCCACUGGCAGGAAGAAGAGGAUGAUAAGGUGUCCCAGGAUGAAAGCGAAGGGUGCUGAGGCGGCUACAGGAGAAGUUGACAUGACGCAACCAAAGGGACAGGCAGAUGUCUCCCUGCCAGAUGUGCCUGGAGCUAAAGUCAAAGUUAAAGGAAAGGGCCACAGGUUCAGAAUUCAUUUCCCUAAAACAAAAAAGAUAACAUCGGACACUGCCUUGUCUGAAGGGUCUCUGAAGCUGAAACCUCCUGAUGUCAAAUUCACACCACCCUCAGUGGAAUUCAGUUUGCCAUCUGGAAACAAGGAAGUCAACCUACAGAAACCAGAAGUGAAAGUCAAGGAGGGGUCAAAGUUUAUGCACCGAGAGGUAGAGCUUUCAUUAGGACUCCCCUCAGCCUGUCACUCUGAUGAAAUUGAUGGAAAAACAGAAGGGGAAAUAGACAUUGAAGGUCAUUCGGAGAAAAAAGGAAAGUUUCACAUGCCCACAUUCGACAUAUCCUUGCCAAAAAUGAAGUCAAAAGAUGGUGACAUUAAAUUAGAGGGUCCAGAAGUGAAAGGCAGUAAAAUACAUAUGACUAACAUUGACAUUUCUCUUCCAGAGGUGAAGGCAGAAAGUGAUAUUGAGGUUGAGGGGCAUGGUGGUAAAGGGAGAAAGUUUCACAUGCCUUCACUUGACAUUUCUCUUCCAAAAAUGAAGUUACCUGAGGGUGAAGUCAAAGUAGAAGGCCCCAAAGCCAAAGGUGGAAAGUUUGAAAUUCCAACAAUUGAUAUUUCACUUCCAAAAGGAAAAGCAGAGGGAGAAACUGACAUAGAAGGACAUUCUGGAAAAGGAGGAAAGUUUCAUACGCCCAAGUUUGAUGUAUCGCUACCAAAAAUGAAGCUCCCAGAGGGUGACAUCAAACUAGAGGGACCGGAAGGCAAAGGCAGCAAAAUACAUAUGCCUAACAUUGACAUUUCUCUUCCCAAAGGGAAAACUGAAAGAGAUAUUGAGGUUGAGGGGCAUGGUGUCAAAGGGGGGAAGUUUCACAUGCCCUCAAUUGACAUUUCCCUUCCAAAAAUGAAGUUGCCUGAAGGUGAACUCAAAGUAGAAGGCCCCGAAGCCAAAGGUGGAAAGUUUGAAAUGCCAAAGAUUGAUAUUUCACUCCCAAAAGGAAAAGCAGAGGGAGAAACUGACAUAGAAGGACAUUCUGGAAAAGGAGGAAAGUUUCAAAUGCCCAAGUUUGAUGUGUCACUACCAAAGAUGAAGCACCCAGAGGGUGAUGUCAAAGAAGGCUUCGAAGUCAAAGGUGGGAAGUUUGAAAUGCCCAAAAUUGAAGCAGAGGGUAGGAGUGGAGUCAAGUUACCAACUGUUAAACUGCCAACGGUAGACAUAUCUGCACCGAAGGUUGACUUAGACUUUGGGCUGUCAAAAGCUAAAGGAGAUGAUAGGGAAGAGAUGGAGCUACUAAAAGCAGAGGGUGGUAGGCCAUACUCUGGGGCAAGUUUUGACAUGCCAGAUGUCUCUCUCAAAAUGCCAAGAUUUUCUCUCCCUAAAUUUGGUAGAAAGUCUAGUGGAGAUGUUAACCUGGAAGGAUAUGGCACAGAGGGUGAUAUUGAUAUUAGCCCCCCACAAGUGGAUGGUGAGGGCAGACCAGCAUCAGUGGAAAUAGGCGGAGAUGGACAAAUAAAAGGUAAACUAAAGAAGCCCAAAAUGAAAAUGCCAACAUUUGGAAUAUCUAAGAAAGAUGUAUCAAUAGCCAGCCCUGAUGUGGAAAUCAAGACAAAAAAGGGGAAAGUUGACAUUCCAAAGCCAGGGAUCAGUGUAGAACAUCCAGCAGACAAAACAAAUAGAAAAUAUAGACUAAAAUUCCCAAAGUUUAAGAAGUCAUCUCCUAAAGGUAAACUACCAGAGGGAGAGAUAGAUGUCUCAAUGGAUAGUGGAAUGGAAGGGAAAGGUGGCUUUCAUGCACCUGAUGUUACAAUCAAAAUGCCCAAGUUCUCCAUGCCAGGGUUUGGCUCAAAGGAGACAGACUUUGACAGGAGUGGGCCCCGUGCUGAACUAGAUGCCAAAGGAAAGGUCAAAAUGCCAUCAGUGGAGAUAUCCUUGCCAGCUGCCAAGACAUCUGAGCAAGAAAUGUUAAUCCCAGAUGUAUCUGAGGCUGACAUCAGUGGUUAUGAAGGAAACCUGAAAAUCCCUAAAAUGCCAACUAUUGAUGUAUCAGCCCCCCAUAUUGAUCUUGAUGUAACUCUGCCUAAAGUCAAGCAUGAAACAAACAUUGACGGGGAGGGAGGCAAAUUUAAAAUGCCAAACAUCAAAAUGCCUGAUAUAGAUUUAUCACGUCCAAUAGGAAAAACUGGUGACAUUGAUGCAUCCAAAGUGAAAAUUGAGGGAGGGGGUGGAAGAUUCAAGAUGCCUGGCAUUAAAAUGCCAAAGGUAGACAUAUCACUUCCAAAAGUAAAACAUGGAGAAAUUGAUGUAUCCACGGUGGAAAUUGAAGGAGAAUGUGGAAAAUUCAGGAAGCCACAUAUGGAAAUACAAAAUUUUGAUAUAUCACUUCCCAAAGGAAGAAGUGGAGGGAUUGAAGGGCCAAAGAUGGAAAUUGAAGGAGGGGGCGGAAAUUUCAAAAUGCCACAUCUGAAAAUGCCAAAUAUUGAUAUAUCACUUCCGAAAGGAAAAAGUGGAGACCUUGAAGGACCACAAAUGGAAAUUGAAGGAGGGGGUGGGAAAUGUAAGAUGCCACAUAUGAAAAUGCCAAAGGUAGACAUAUCACUUCCAAAAGGAAAAACUGGAGAUGUUAAGGCACCUGUACUGGACUUUGAGGGAGAAGGUGGAAAAUUCAAGAUGCCACAUAUGAAAAUGCCAAAUAUUGCUAUAUCACUUCCCAAAGGAACAAGUGGAGGGAUUGAAGGACCAGACAUGGAAAUUCCGGGAGAGGGAGGAAAAUUCAAGAUGCCACAUAUGAAAAUACCAAAGGUAGACUUAUCAAUUCCGAAGGAAAAGUCUGGAGACAUCAGUGCACCAGAAAAUGAAAUGGAAGGAGGAGGAGGAACAUUCAAGAUGAAAAUGCCAAAUGUUGAUAUAUCACUUCCAAAAGGAAAAACUGGAGACAUUGAAGGACCAGAAAUGGAAAUUCAUGGAGGGGGAGGAAAAUUCAAGAUGCCACAAAUUCAAAUGCCAAAGGUAGACUUAUCACUUCUGAAGGGAAAGUCUGGAGACAUCAGUGCACCAGAAAUGGAAAGAGGAAGAGGAAAAUGUAAGAUGCCACAUAUGAAAAUGCCAAAUGUUGAUAUAUCACUUCCAAAAGGAAAAAGUGUAGAAAUUGAAGGACCAGACAUGGAAAUUGAAGGAGGGGGAGGAAAAUUUAAGAUGCCACAUAUGAAAAUGCCAAAUGUUGAUAUAUCACUUCCAAAAGGAAAAAGUGUAGAAAUUGAAGGACCAGACAUGGAAAUUGAAGGAGGGGGAGGAAAAUGUAAGAUGCCAUAUAUGAAAAUGCCAAAUGUUGAUAUAUCACUUCCAAAAGGAAAAACUGGAGAGAUUGAAGGACCAGACAUGGAAAUUGAAAGAGGAGGUAGAAAAUUCAAGAUGCCACAUAUGAAAAUGCCAAAUGUUGAUAUAUCACUUCCAAAAGGAAAAAGUGUAGAAAUUGAAGGACCAGACAUGGAAAUUGAAGGAGGGGGAGGAAAAUUUAAGACCCUACAUAUGAAAAUGCCAAAUGUUGAUAUAUCACUUCCAAAAGGAAAAAGUAUAGAAAUUGAAGGACCAGACAUGGAAAUUGAAGGAGGGGGAGGAAAAUUUAAGAUGCCACAUAUGAAAAUGCCAAAUGUUGAUAUAUCACUUCCAAAAGGAAAAACUGGAGAGAUUGAAGGACCAGACAUGGCAAUUGAAAGAGGAGGUAGAAAAUUCAAGAUGCCACAUAUGAAAAUGCCAAAUGUUGAUAUAUCACUUCCAAAAGGAAAAAGUGUAGAAAUUGAAGGACCAGACAUGGAAAUUGAAGGAGGGGGAGGAAAAUUUAAGAUGCCACAUAUGAAAAUGCCAAAUGUUGAUAUAUCACUUCCAAAAGGAAAAACUGGAGAGAUUGAAGGACCAGACAUGGAAAUUGAAAGAGGAGGUAGAAAAUUCAAGAUGCCACAUAUGAAAAUGCCAAAUGUUGAUAUAUCACUUCCAAAAGGAAAAAGUGUAGAAAUUGAAGGACCAGACAUGGAAAUUGAAGGAGGGGGAGGAAAAUUUAAGAUGCCACAUAUGAAAAUGCCAAAUGUUGAUAUAUCACUUCCAAAAGGAAAAACUGGAGAGAUUGAAGGACCAGACAUGGAAAUUGAAAGAGGAGGUAGAAAAUUCAAGAUGCCACAUAUGAAAAUGCCAAAUGUUGAUAUAUCACUUCCAAAAGGAAAAAGUGUAGAAAUUGAAGGACCAGACAUGGAAAUUGAAGGAGGGGGAGGAAAAUUUAAGAUGCCACAUAUGAAAAUGCCAAAUGUUGAUAUAUUACUUCCAAAAGGAAAAGCUGGUGAUGUUAAUGAACCUAAUUUGGAAAUUGAGGGAGAUGGAGGAAAAUACAAGAUGCCACAUAUGAAAAUGCCAAAGGUAGACUUAUCACUUACGAAGGGAAAGUCUGGAGAAAUUGAAGGACCAGAAAUGGAAAUGGAAGGAGGAAAAUUCGAGAUGCCACAUAUGAAAAUGCCAAACAUUGAUAUAUCACUUCCUAAAGGACAAGGUGGAGAAAUUGAAGGACCAGAGAUGGACAUUCAUGGAGAGGGAGGAAAAUUCACAAUGCCACAUAUUAAAAUGCCAAAUAUUGGUUUAUCACUUCCAAAAGGAAAAACUGGUGUUGUUCAUGAACCUAAUUUGGAAAUUGAGGGUAAUGGAGGAAAAUUCAAGAUGCCACAUAUAAAAAUGCCAAAGGUAGACUUAUCACUUCCGAAGGGAAAGUCUGGAGAAAUCAGUGCACCAGAAAUGGAAAUGGAAGGAGGAAAAUUCAAGAUACCACAUAUGAAAAUGCCAAACAUUGAUAUAUCACUUCCCAAAGGAAAAACUGGAGAGAUUAAAGCACCAGACAUGGAAAUUCAGGCAGAGGGAGGAACAUUCAAAAUGCCAAAGGUAGACAUAUCACUUCCAAAAGGAAAGUCUGGAGAAAUUAGAGCACCAGAAAUGGAAGUCGAAGGAGGAAAAUUCGAGAUGCCACAUAUGAAAAUGCCAAAGGUAGACAUAUCACUUCCGAAAGGAAAGUCUGGAGAAAUUAGAGCACCAGAAAUGGAAGUCGAAGGAGGAAAAUUCGAGAUGCCACAUAUGAAAAUGCCAAAGGUAGACAUAUCACUUCCAAAAGGAAAAACUGGAGAUGUUAAUGCACCUGAAUUUGAAAUUGAAGGUGAGGGUGGAAGAUAUAAGAUGCCAGAAAUCAAACUGCCAAAGAUAGAUAUUACAUUGCCAAAGGGAAAAUCUGCUGACAUUGAUGCUGAAAUCAAACAGCCCAACGCUGAGGGAGAAGGAAAGAUUCAAAUGCCUUCGAUUGGUUUACCAAAGUUUACAACUCCCGACCUUGAUUUGGACAUGAAUGUUGGAAAACCCAACCAUGGAGAUGAGGUUCAUGAGACAAGUUCAGACAAAACUGGUUCACAUACAAAGCGAGAUCAUAAGAUGAAUAUCAAAAUGCCAACAAUAGACAUAGAGUGCCCAAAAGGAAAUCUGGAGCUGGAUAUAGGCUUCCACAAAGUUGAGGGAAAGAAAGACAGAAAAAGAAUAGAGUUGCCUGACUUAGACCUUAAAACUUCUGGUACCAAAGUUAAGGGGCCAAAAGUCAAAGGCACCAAAUUCAAAAUUGGAAUGCCAAAAAUGAAGAACACUGGAGAUCAAGCAUUAGAUGCAGCCACAAAGAAGACUGAGAAAGACAAUGAAGGGGUCAGUGGUAGAUUUAUGAUUAAGAAGACAAAGCUUGGCAAAGGUGCAGAUGUGGAGGCAGAUGCGGAGGCAGAUGCGGAGGCAGGUGGUUCUGUGUUGCCAAACAUUUUCCUCCCAGAUGUGGGCUUCUCAGUAUCCAAAGGAGCCAGCCAAGAGGGUGAACCUCAUGGUCCAGAGAUUAGUGCCAAAUUGCCAAAAUUCAAACUCCCUAAUGUGGAGAUCUCAGAUCCUUCAGUAACAGGUCAAGGAGGAGCAGAGAUCAACAGUGGACAACAAGAAGACAAACUGGGUAUCAAGUUUCAAAUGCCUGUGGGGCUGAAGAGUAAACAAGGCUCUGCCGAGCCCACUGGCACAGAUGCCAGCACCGAGAAUGAAUUCACAUUACCUCAUCUUGGAAUCAAAUCCCCCAAAAUACCAGAUAUAGACUUUGAUAUUGGAGCAUCUCAAACUGGGGACCAUGGGGCAGAUACAAGUACAAGACAAAAAAUCAAAAUACCCAAGUUCGGGGUGGCUUUACCUGCUAUUUCUUCACCUGAAGCUAGAGUACAUUUGAAGGACCCAGAGGUUGAAGGCCCUAAAAUGCCCAAAGUUAAAAAAGCUGUAUUUGUUUUGGUGAAUCCCCAAACAGACCACUCCACUAUGUCCACCAGUGUAGAGUCUGGAGAGGCAAACAUCAAAAUGCCAAAGAUCAAAAUGAAGCCAUCGUUUGGAAAGUCAGGAUCCAAGGAAAACAGUGCUGCUUUGAGCAUUGAAGGAGAUGUGGGUGGAGAUGACAAGUCAAAGGGAGCAAAGCUAAAAAUGCCCAAAGUUACCUUCUCUCCAGGCAAAACAGGUUCAUUUGAUGUAACCCUAAAAGGUGAGGGGUCUAGUUCCAGCCUCAAUGGUGAGAAAGAUCCAACAUUCCAGAAUGGAUCCAAGGAGGAUAAAGCUAAAUUAGGGAAGCUCAAGCUUCCAAAGAUAGAGUUCUCCUCACCAUAUUCAAAAAUAGGCAGUGGAGAAGAGGACCUUGAAAUGAGUGCUAAGCUUGUCAAUGAGUCCUCAGGAACAGACGGAGAAACCAAGGGGACGAAAGUGAAAUCAGGCAACAUUUCCUUCCCGGGAUUUAAGAAGAAGACAGCAAAAGGAGAGGAGGAAACUCAAGACAAUGUGGUGUCCUCAUCGGCCAGGACAGAAAUGCUAGAUCGAGAUAGUUCAGAAUCACAAACGCCCAUGGUCUCCAUUGGCUUUGUACCAGGGAAGUCUAGGGGGCAGGCAGAGGCCGAGAGCAGCAAAAAGGAGAUGGAAGAAGGAGAGCAGUCGACCUGGUUCAAGGCCCCCAAAUUCAACCUGAAACACCACUCAACAGGAAUCCUCCUCAUUACACCAGAAGGUUCUCCCCAGGGCAGCAGAUCCUCGCUCCAGUGCCAGGGUGUAGAUGAAACUGCUGGAACCUUCCGGCUCCAGAUGCCAAGCACGGGGUUCUCCACGCAGGAGGUGUCUGAGGAGAAUGUUACCACAACAAAGAAGGGAACAGUAACCGUGGUGACAAAGACAACAAAACAUACGGUAACAGAGUCAAGAACUGGUCAAACCCACACAUCGCUAUCCCAUUGUAAUUACUGAAGUCCGAAGAGAUGUGAGAGUAAUAUAUUUUUCCUCUGUCCUGUUGUGACCACUGUUUUUGUAACUGUUCCUCCGCAUUUUUUUCUAUUUGAGUCUUUAUCAUAUUUGAUCGUUUUACUGGUUUAAAUCUGAAUAUAAAUUAAUUAUGUAUUGUUGUUCAUAUAUUUUUGGGGGAAAAAAUACCACACAUUUUAAUAUCCAAAAGGAAAUGUAUUUUUUCAAUGCCUUCCCAUUUUAUUUACCGACAUUUACUUGGGCAUGAUUGUAGAAUUAGACUGACAAAGAACACAAACCAAUUUAUCAAAAGCAAUUUGUAUGUAAAUACAAAAACAUGUAAUUAUUUUCAUAUUACCGAUGAUAGGAAUAGUAACAAGGACAUUAGUGAUUUGUGUUAAUGUAUCUGAGGCUUGAGGAUGGUGUGAGAUUUGUGGUUUAAUUAUUUACUUUCUUAAGCUUGUUUUUUCUUUCUGAUAUAUUAAGAUUUUUGCAAUUAUACCAUACAUUGAAAUGUAAGAUUAAAGGCUUCUACAGUGCAAUACAUUUCAACACUCUCUGAGAAUCAAGAUAAGUAGACGAAACCUAAAAUAAUAGGAAACUAUCAUCUGAUAUUAAGGUUAAUGGUUUAAAGAAACAGAACAGUCUUUAAUUGAAAUAUUUCAAAACCUCUCGUACAAAACAAUGUUUCUAUGUCUCCAUUGAGACAGUUUAUUGUUCCUUUUCUUUUUUGGUGAGUUAGAAAGUAGAAAUUCAAUGUGUGUGCUAAACUGCAUUGGAAGAGUCUCAGCAAUCUGUCAAACAAGUUUACAAGUUUUCAUUAACCAGAUUUAACACCUGUUGGAGCAAAUAACCAUAUAGAAAUAACCAUAUAGAAUGGUACAUGACAAGGAGAGAACAUGUUCAUGACCAGAUAACACAGUAUUUAUAUGUAUAGAGAGAUUUUUACAAAUACCUUUGUGAUUAGCAUGUUUUCAGUGCAUAUGGCUUCACAAUAAGCAGUUUUCAAAGCAAAGUGUUAUCAAGUGACAUUAUAAAUAAUGUUGUUAAGAGAUUUUAUUAUUAAUAAACCUUAAUAUUCCUAAGGGGGAAAAAAGUU